CCUCCUGCUGCCACCCUCCUCGACUUUCCCUUCCCAUCCGCUCUCUCCCACUAUAUCGCGAGAGAUAGGCAGCACAGAAAUAUUCACGUUAGCAACAACUGUUAUAAAAUUAUAUUUAUAUCGCGGAUAUAUGAACGAAUUGUAUAAAACGCUGGCGCGUAUAAAUUACAAUUCUAAUGUAAGCCAACGCAAGAUUACUAAAUUAGUUGUUUUAUUAAUAGCUGGCUAGCUAAUAAUAAUAUCUAGGUAACUAGCUAGCGAUUCGCCUGUUGUCUGUAGCAAGUAUGGGAGGCUAGCUAACUGUAAGUGGACACUAUUUUGAAGACAAGCGUGUACAAGUGGGUAAACAUAACAUUACUUCAAUUAGCUAGCACCCCUUAUUCAACGAUAAUAGCCAUAGUCUAGGUAGCUACUAUAACAAACAAUAUCUCGCUACUAUUAGCUGACUAAACCGCUGUUAUUUAAUUAAAACAGCUAGUUAGGCUUACAUUUUAGCUACAUUGUUGAAUAUUGGCUAGUUAGCUACUUAGCUAACUGCUUCAAGCUGGUGCUUUUUAUUUAGCUAGCUAACAUGGUUCUGUUAAGAUGGAUGGCGUUGCUAGCUAACUGAUGGGUCGCUAGUUAGCUCAGUAUCGCUUACGCUAACUAGAUUGUUUAUCACGCGAUGUGCUGGCUCUUGUUGCUAGUUAACGUUAGUUAAGCUAACAUGACCUCACUGGGUGUCAUUUUACCAUGUCCAUGCACUAUCAUUACUCCGUAAUAUCAGCUAUCUAGUUAACUGUCUCUCCUCCUCUCCUUUAGGUUAUUUUAGCCAUCAAGCAUUGGCCUCGAGUAUCUGACUAGGCCGACAAUGGCUGCAGUUGUGUUCUUGUGGAUGUGUGGUGGACCGUAAGCAGGGCGGCCACUUGUGAACCUCACCUAUUUACCUCACCUCUGUCUUAUACCUCCUCCCUGACACCGAUUUUACCCUGUAUUUUAUCAUAGAUAUUUUUAAAUGUAUGAAAGCAUGUUGCACAGAGACAGACCCCCUAUAUUUCUACCUCGUCUCAGUCUGUGCUCAUCAGUGUGUUACAGUAGUCUUUUAGCUGAAGGUUUUAAAUGGGGGUGAAUCUACUCUAUGCCUGGCAUAGUACGGUACUUGAAUUCCCACCCGUUUGUAAAUUAGCCCUGAGGAGCUGUGCAGGUUUCAUUAAUUAACCUUAAGUGAUAAACCAAAUAGCAGCCAGCUAGUUGGCCAAUCAGCCCCCUCCCCCCGCGCUCUCCCCCCGCGCCCUCCUGGUAGAAUGAACGGCUCUCUAUUAACCCCACCUAGCCCGCGGGCAGCCAACUCCUCCCCGCUGCCCCUUUCACCCUCCCCUUCUCCGUCCCCUCCAUCCCCCUCCCUGUUGCCCAUGUUCCCUCGGCCACCCCCGCCCCCUCCCUUGGCCCAGCCUCACCCCUCCUCGCUGUCGGACACCCCCACACCCUCCCCCUGCCUGAGCUGGACGGAGUUCUGUGAGCUGCAUGCCCGCAUGGCGGCCGGGGACUUUGCUCGCCACUUCCGGGCGUUCCUCCUGGAGAACCCUCACUACUCCCCCGACUCUGCUGCCGCCUUCUGUCGCCGCUUCACUGACCGCUUUGUCCGACAUUUCCAGAGCGAACUGGAGGGGGUGGCCGGGGCACUGGGUACAGCCCCUGGGAUGGAGGCGGGGAGCUGGGCCCCCCAAUCAGACGCCACCUCCCUGGAAGAGGAGGCGGUCUCUCCCCCUCCUGUCACAGAGGGAGCCUCCUACCACCCCUGUGCCCCAGCCAACCCGGUGAGAGCCCUGCCCAAGCCUGCCUCCACACGACUGGUGUUGGAAACCAGAAGUGGGGACCAAUUUCAAGACUCCUAUGCUGUCACAACGGUCCUCCCCCCAUCCUCCUCCUCCUCCUGCUCCUCCUCAGUGGGAGGAGGAAACAACGGCAGGCGGGAAGAGAGGGGUGCCCCAGUUACUGUUAAACACUUCACUGGCGUCGGCCCAGGAAAUGGAGAAACGACAGCCGAGGAAGAGGACAGCUGGGCAGGCGUAACGGUCAUGGAGGAGGAGGUGGAGCCAGAUGAGGGGGAGGAGGAGCUGGAAGUUUGCUUGGACAAUGAAGACCCCUCCAAUAUGCCCCAAAUGCCUGCCUCCCCUUGCUCCGACACAACUCCUCCCCGCUCCAAAGGUAAUGGCACCCCGGCCUCGGCAGGAAGCCAGUCCAAAACCAAACUGAAGAAGCGCUUCUCUCUGCGGAGUGUUGGGCGCAGCGUGCGGGGCAGUGUCCGGGGCAUCCUGCACUGGCGCAGCUCGUCCAGCGACUCCCCCCAGAGCUCCUCCCAGCUGCCCUCCAGCUACAGCUACACAAUGGGGGUCCAGGACGCUUGCACCGGCUCUUCCUCCAAGAGGAACUCUGGCACUCAGCCCCCUACACCCACCUCCUCCAUGCCUGUCUCCCUCUCCCUGCCCCUCUCCCUCCCCCACUCCUCCUCCUCCUCCCUGCCCCCGUCUUCCUCCAGCAGUGCCACCUCCCUCUCGCUAUCGGAGGCACGGGACCGCCGGCGGAGCAAUGGCGAGGGGGGAGAGAAGGAGAAGUGGAGCCACCGGCUGGAGAAGCUGCGUCUGUCUCGCUCCCCGCCCCCCGUUCUCUCUUCGGCACCCACUUCGGCCGUGGUGUCACCUUCUUCCGGCCUGCCCCCAAGCAGCAGCAGCAGCGCCACCCCGAGGAAGAUGGGCCGGCUGGUGAGGGAGGGAGGAGUCAGCGUCAGCUCCUCCAUGCCAGAUGAGUUUGCCGGGAGCCACGGUGGUUUCCCUGGAUUUUCCUUCGGCCUGCUGCACCACGGCACACAAGAACACAACAACGCUGGUACUGGCUUAAACAACACCUCGUCCACCGCUAACGCCGCUCAGACAGCUGCAGUGCAGCCUCUCGUCCCUGGGGGCACUGUGGGCUGGAGGGGUGGUCGGUGGCACAAGUGCCGACUGGUCCUGAGGGAGAGGGACAAGGAGGGGGAGCGUGGCGAGGAGUACUAUCUGGAGUUCUUCAUCCCGCCUAAAUCCUCCAAGCCCAGGCUGACUAUCCCAUGCUGCUCUAUUGUGGAUGUGAGGAGCACCACAGCCCUGGAGGUGCCUGACAAGGAGAACACCUUCCUCCUGCAGUUGGAGGGACAGGUGCAGUAUGUGAUUGAGACGCGAGACGCUGUGCAGAUGAGAGCUUGGUUGAGUGACAUCAGGAACGGUAUAUGUAUCAGUGAACAGGAGGACAUAGAAGCUGUGUGUGGGGGACCCAUGGACAUCAGUGGAAUGCCAGAAUUCAGUGACCGCCUCUCUCAAGUGUGUUAUGGAGGUGUGGGCGGCUCCUCCCCGCUGAUGGACCCUCUCCCCCCAGAGUUACCGCCCCGCGCCCCUCUGGACGAAUCAGACGGACGCGUGGGUGGAGCUGGCCUAGGCACACCAUUUGCGGAGACGCCAGAUGCUACAGGUUCCUUCCUGUUCUCAGAUGUGGCAGAGGCGGUGGAGCACCCUCUGAGCGAGUGCCAGUGGUUCCACGGGACGUUGUCGCGCCUGAAGGCGGCCCAGCUUGUGCUGGCAGGGGGUACGGCCAGCCACGGCGUCUUCCUUGUGCGCCAGAGCGAGACACGCCGCGGGGAGUACGUCCUCACCUUCAACUUCCAGGGCAAGGCCAAGCACCUGCGUUUGUCUCUGAACGAGGACGGCCAGUGCCGGGUGCAGCACCUGUGGUUCCAGUCCAUAUUCGACAUGCUGGAGCACUUCCGCGUGCACCCAAUCCCCCUGGAGUCUGGGGGUGCCUCGGACGUCACUCUCAUCAGCUUUGUGGGCGCCACCGCCGUCCGGCAGCCAGACUUGACCAGCAGACCCCGUAGCCCCCCCCAGCCUCCUCCUCCACCCAUGCCCCCCGGCCGGCCGCCACCCCCAACCCCACCCCAGGAACGAGGGAACGAGACAGAGCUGGGAGGAGGUGGGGGAGGAACUGCAGCAACUGCAGGAGGAGGUGAAGGAGCGGAGGACUGGGAGGAGAGGGAAGCUCCUCUUCGCCAACUGGAGGGGGUGGAGGGUGAAGAGCGGGAAGGAGGGAGGGCAAGAGCCAUUGACAACCAGUACUCCUUCUUCUGAGGAGGGAGGGGGGUGUUUGUGCGAAAGGGAGAGUGGAGGAGGCGGGAGUCAUAGCCAUUCAUAACCAGUAUUUGUAUUUUGUUACGAGACUGUGAGGGGAAGGAGUUAGGACGUACUAACACUAUUAAAACACAAGCAUUCUGGGAGAUUCAGCCAGAUGGAGAGAAAGAGAAAACAGGUGAAAGAGAAGAGAGGGGGAUGGGAGCACCUUACAACACUAAGUAAAGGUACAGUAAGUAAAGGUAACACUAAUGUUUAGCGAGAUAAGCUUUUUUGCCGGUACACCUCUCGGUACGCUUUUUGUAGACUUUUGAAUCCAUUUAUGGAUGGAUGUAGGUAGUGAGAGAUAUCCUCUGAACCCAGCAGUACCAUACCUCAAUAUCCUGCAGACAUUCUACUGGCCAGCAGUACACUUUCAGAGGUAGAGAUGGAGGACAACCAUAUACUUACUAGGUGGCAAAGAGACUAGGCUAGAACCGGCAGGCAGGAUACAUAUACCUCAGUCACUCUUUCAACCUCACUCUUUCUCUCCGUCUCUCUUUUUCUCUCCACUCAUUUUCUGGUUUUCUUUCAUGGUAGAGAAGUGGCCAGAGGUAGAGAGAGCGAUUAUAUCUAUCCUUCACAUAAAAAAAUGCUUUGUUAUUGAUAAUGAUAUGAUUAACAAUAAUGAUAAAGGAAAUAAUGAUGAUGGUCAGAAAUAAUAGUAUUAAUUUUAUUUUUUAAAUGCCUUUUAUUGUAUGUUGUUUACUCUGUAAUGCGUAACACUUGUUCCUGCCCCCAUUCGGUUAUUUCAGUUGAAAUUUGUUUGCCUUUUAAAAAUAUUCCUAAGCCUCAUACUCAGUCUUUCCCUCACGCUCAUACAGUCCUCUCCUCCUGGACCUCAUCCAAAUUUAAUUUUAAUGUGCAGAAAUAGAAAAUAAGAAAAAUAUAAGGGGGGACAUUUUUCUUCUUGUGCCUUUCUUUGUUAUCACCUCUGUCGUACUCCUUCAACCUGUGCCUGGGUUGUGUGGCCAUGUCCGUCUUUCUGCCAUUCAGUUCAGUGCCUCUUUCUUUCUCUUUGUAUCCCCCUCCUUCCUCUUUGUUUAUACCUUCACUUCUUCUGUUUGUCCUCUACUCCGAGCUUUGUCAUCUUUUACACAUCUUACCCCAUCCCCCUGUUCAUCCUUUUCAAAUGUUGAUCUCUAUUUGUGCCUUUCUGUCUCUGUCGCUCUCUCUUUUGCUGGGACCUUGUGUUGACGGUGGGCAGGGUUUUGUCCAACCUGUGUGGUUAGUUUCAGGUACAACAUUGAAUUAAAUGAUAUGAUAUAAUAUAAUUAUACUGAAACAUUUUGGCCUCGUGUGUUGUUGCUUUGGUUCACUGUAAUUGUUUCUUACUGAAUAAAGGGGAAGGAUGUAAA